UCCGCUUGCACAGUAAAUUAAUCAGUAGCUUUCUAGCUCUUAUUUGAAAACCUUUCAUUUUCCCUUUCGCUGUUGAGAGAUGGCACCUGAUAUCACCACCGCUGCUGCCAACGCCGCAGCCGCACGAGCCAAGGGGUCAAGCCGUGCGUAUGUUACUUUUCUUGCAGGUGACGGUGACUACGUGAAGGGCGUGGUCGGCUUGGCCAAAGGUCUGCGAAAGGCCAAGAGCGUCUACCCCUUGGUGGUUGCCACUUUGCCGGAUGUUCCCGAGGAGCACCGCAAGAUUCUGAUCUCUCAAGGCUGCAUUGUGAAGGAGAUCGAGCCUGUGUACCCGCCGGAGAACCAAACCCAGUUCGCCAUGGCCUACUAUGUCAUCAACUACUCCAAGCUCCGUAUUUGGAACUUUGUGGAGUACAGCAAGAUGAUAUACCUGGAUGGAGAUAUCCAAGUAUUUGACAACAUCGACCACCUUUUUGAUCUGCCCAACGACUAUUUCUAUGCGGUGAUGGACUGCUUCUGUGAGAAAACAUGGAGCCAGUCUCCACAGUACCAGAUCGGGUAUUGCCAGCAGUGCCCUGAUAAGGUGGCCUGGCCGGCCAGCAUGGGACCCAAGCCACCCCUAUACUUCAACGCUGGGAUGUUCGUUUUCGAGCCGAACCUCUCCACUUACACUGACCUCCUCAAAACCCUGCAAGUCACUCUGCCUACCAUAUUUGCUGAACAGGAUUUUCUGAACAUGUACUUCAGGGACAAAUACAGGCCCAUAUCUAACCAGUACAACCUUGUGCUGGCUAUGCUGUGGCGUCACCCUGAGAAUGUCCAGCUUGAUGAUGUCAAAGUGGUUCACUACUGUGCCGCUGGGUCAAAGCCAUGGAGGUUCACAGGAAAAGAAGCGAACAUGGACAGGGAAGACAUAAAGAUGCUGGUGAAGAAGUGGUGGGACAUAUACGAGGACGAGACACUGGACUAUGAGAAUACUGUGAAUGUUGAACGUAUCAAGGGGGCAUUAACUGAGGCUGGUGGUAUUCACUAUGUUCCAGCUCCAUCCGCCGCAUAGAUUGCUCUACUUCUUAUGUGCAGGAGUGGAGAGUCCUAAUAAUUUCCCUUUUUUUUUUUUUUCUUGGGUUUCUUCUUGAUUGGUCGAGUAUGGAUUCUGUAUAGAAGUCAUACAGGCGCUUAAGUUUUUAUUGUUAUGACCCUCACAGACCGCUUUUAUUGGUCCCUUUCCCUUUUUUAGGCCAUUGUUGGACUAUGGAUAUCCUUCAUUUUAUACAGGGAUAUUUUUAUUUUCGGUA